AUGACUUUGUUUCCUGCUACUGUGUCGAAAGAUUCGACUGUUCUCAUUCUUCUGGAAGACGAGUCAGUCAAUGUGGAUCUGCCUCCUCAAUCUAACUUUGCUGCUCUCAGCAAAGUGAUUCUACCGGAAGUUGGAAGCAUUGUGGAGAAGGAUUAUUACGACUACGUUUGCAUAUUAGUUCGAAGUGAAAACGUUCUCAGGUCACUUUGCUCAGCUGCUUAUAAUGCAGUUAAAGUUGGAGGUAGAGUCGCUGUACAUGAAUCAGGUAUCCCUUCGUCGGCAGUGCUCAGGAAGAUGCGGAUGUGUGGAUUUAUUGUCGAUGAGCCAGGCCUAUUUCAAGGUGGUACGAUGUUUGGAACCAAACCAUCAUUUCAUGGACAGAGUGUUCCACUUAAAAUUACAGCCGAGACAAAUAAAGUUAACAUCAAUGAUAAUGAUGACGAUAUUGUGGAUGAGGAUGCACUUCUAGAGCCCGAAGACUUCAAGAAGCCUAAAGAAGCAGAUCUCAAAGCGCAAUGCGGAGAAAUUGAGGAAGGAAAAAAACGACGUGCAUGUAAGAAUUGCACAUGUGGCCUAGCAGAACAAGAAGAAGCUGAAAAGAUGUCUCAGCCUCGGAAAACGGGCUGUGGUAAUUGUGCGCUGGGAGAUGCGUUCCGUUGUUCAACGUGUCCUUACUUGGGCAUGCCUCCAUUCAAACCAGGAGAGACCAUUAAGCUGGACGAUGUCAAUGAUUUCUAA